GUGAUACUAGCGUCAGGUUAUUAUGCUGUGUUUAGAGUAAAACUAAUAGCUAAAGAACUUGAAGGAAUUCAUGAUGGAGCUGUACAAAUCACGACAGAUUAUGAGAUUUUAACUAUACCAGUGAAGGCAGUGAUUGCUGUAGGCUCGCUGACCUGCUCCCCAAAACAUGUUUUUCUUCCACCUUCUUUUCCGGGGAAAGUAGUUCACCAGAGCCUGAACAUUAUGAACUCCUUUUCUCAGAAAGUGAAAAUACAACACAUACGCUCCCUGACGGAAGAUGUAAGGUUUUAUUAUAAGAGGCUAAGAAGUAAUAAAGAAGAUUUAGAGCCAGGAAAAAAAUCAAAGAUUGCAAAUAUUUAUUUUGAUCCUGGUUUACAAUGUGGAGAUCAUUGUUAUGUAGGAUUGCCUUUUCUAUCUAAAUCGGAAUCUAAAGUCCAGCACAGUCUAGCAAUGCAAGAAGAUGCAUGGGAUUCUGACUGGGAUUUGCAUGAGAACUUAUUCAAAGAAUGGACGGAAAUAAAAGAGAACUCAAGCCAUAGACUGAAUGCUGUAUUUGAAGUAGACACAGACCUUCAGAAGGACGUCCGGUUGAAAAUUACAGCAGAAAUGGCCUGGCCUUCCGUACUUCGUUCACCACGCCAUCUAAGCUUCCCUCUUACCAAUACAAACAGUUCAUCAGAAGAAGAAAUUUUUCUAGAAAAUCCAGCUGACGUUCCUGUGUUUAUUCAGUUCCUUCCUGUAGCUCUGUAUUCUAACCCAUCCACCUUUGUCGAUAAAAUGUUAGAACGGUUUAAUUUGAGUAAGCCGACUAAUUUCAAUCUGAGGACUCUAGAGUUCCAGGUCUUCAGAAAUUGUGUCCAGCCACUACAGAGCACUGUAGGACUUACAAAGGGCCUGGCUCGUCAUUCAGUUUUAAGCCUAAUAUUGAAACCUGGUGAGAGAAAGUCUGUCAAAGUAAAGUUCACUCCAGUUCUUAAUAAAACUGUUUCAUCAUUAAUUGUUAUCAGAAAUAAUCUGACUGUCAUAGAUGCCAUAAUGGUACAAGGACAAGGAACGACUGAGAGCUUGAAGGUUGCAGGCAAACCCCCUGGUCCAGGAAGUUCUUUGCGCUUUAAAAUCACAGAAGCAUUGUUGAAAGACUGUUCAGAAAAAAUGAAAUACAAAGAACCGAAUUUCACACUGAGAAGAACAUUUAAAGUGGAAAACACAGGACAGCUCCAGAUUAAUGUGAAAAGUAUGGAAAUCAGUGGCUAUACAUGUGAAGGAUAUGGAUUUAAAGUAGUUAACUGUCACGAGUUUGCACUAAGUGCCAAUGCCUCAAAAGACAUUGUCAUAUUGUUUACACCCGAUUUCACUGCUUCCAGAGUCAUACGUGAAUUAAAAUUCAUCACUGCAGGAGGUUCUGAAUUUGUAUUUAUCUUGAACGCAUCCCUUCCAUAUCACAUGUUAGCAACGUGUGCAGAAGCGCUCCCCAGGCCCAACUGGGAGUUGGCACUGUACAUAAUCAUCUCAGGAAUAAUGAGCGUACUCUUUCUCUUGGUAAUUGGAACAGCCUAUCUAGAAGCUCAAGGAAUUUGGGAGCCAUUUAGGAGGCGCUUGUCCUUUGAGGCCUCAAACCCUCCCUUUGAUAUGGGAAGGCCACUUGAUCUCAGGAGAAUAGUUGGAAUUUCAUCUGACGGAAACUUGAAUGCGCUUGGAUCAGAUUCUAAUCACAGUUCAUCCAGAGGGAUCUAUGCAGCAGGCAGUUCGUCUUCACGAUCCAGUGCAGGCAACCAUAAACAAUGCAAUGCAACAGCACACCUUCACAGCAAUAGAAAUGCACCUGAUGUUGAAAACAUCAAAUCCAAACCCAGUUCAAGCAUACCUAACAGGACUGCAGCACAAGCAGCUUCCAUGCAGUCGGUGAACAGAGCGGGCCCCUUCACCUUGGAUUCGGGUGCCGCAGCUCAGACUCAUGCCGCAGGCAAAAGAGCCAAGGGGACGAGGCAGAACCAGCAGCCGACGCAGCAGCAGGCACCAGCUUUGGCGGAGCAGCCCCUCCAGCAGCCCGCAACGUCCGGGCCCCAGCAGCAAGAGCAACAGACUGAAAGUGCUUUGCCACAGCUACCGCUUCUCAGCCCGCCUCACGGCGAGUGUGUCAGCAGCAGAAGGCACAGCUCGGAGGAUUCAGAUCUCACUGGGCUCAUAGAAACUAUGGAAAAAGACUUUGACCACCCAGAAUCCCCUUCCCCAGAUGUGUUUACAGAGCAGCCCCCAUCUCCACUAGCAAAAAACAAAGGGAAAGGGAAAACACUUCAGCGCAAGGCAAAGCCACAGAAGAAGCGGGAAGAAAAGGACAGAAGAGGGAAAGGAAAGCAACAGGAGGAUGAACUGAAGGAUUCCUUGGCAGAUGAUGACAGUUCUUCAACCACAACUGAAACCUCCAACCCAGAUACAGAACCACUUCUCAAAGAGGAACCUGAAAAACAAAAGGGAAAAGUUAUACCAGAAAAACCUGAAAAUGAAAUAGUCCAAGUAAAACAGAAAACUAAAAAACUGCUAACAAGUAUCAAGAAAGAAAUCCCUGUAGAUGUGAAAACCAGUUCCUUGGAAUUGUCUUAUACUCCCCCACUGGAAAACAAGCAGCGCAAAACCUUUCCAUCCAAGAUAUCUACGCAGCACCUUUUGACGAAUGGGUCUAAAUCAAGAAACCUCCCCAAAAUGAGAGGUCCAAACAGUAAGUUAAUGGAGAGCAGGCCAUCAGUAUUAGCAAAAUUUCUCCCCAGUGGUUCUGGACAGGAGCUAGGAAACACCAGCAGCUCAGAAGGGGAAAAGGAUUCUCCACCACCGGAGUGGGACUCUGUGCCUCUUCACAAAACUGGCAGCUCUACAGACAACCUUUAUAAACUCUCCUUGCAAACCCUGAACGCAGAUGCUUUCCUGAAACAGCGACAGCCCUCACCGACACCCGCCUCUCCAUCUCCUCCUCCUCCGCCCGCCACGUUUGCCUUUGGGCCGCGAGGAGGCACUUACAGCAGCAUCGUCAACAGCAGCUGCAGCACUGAAACGAAAAGCAAACAGCCUAACGGUACCAAACAUAAGCUGGCAAAGGCAGCUUCUCUUCCAGGCAGGAAUGGCAACCCCACUUUUGCUGCUGUAGCUGCAGGUUAUGACAAGAGCCCAGGUGGCAGUGGUUUACCAAAAGUUUCUCCAAGCAAGACGGAUGUUUCCAGCAAUAUCGGCAUUUCCCACACAGUUGUUGACAGUGAUGGCUCUGACAGUUCGGGUUUGUGGAGUCCUAUCAGCAAUCCCAGCAGUCCCGACUUCACACCUCUCAACUCAUUCUCUGCAUUUGGACAUUCUUUUAACUUAACUGGAGAGGUUUUUAGCAAAUUUGGUUUAGCUCGAUCUGCUUAUGGGCAGGAUGUUCAGAGAAACUGGAGUGAAUUCAAUAAUGUUCCAUCAUCCAUCUGGGAUCCUUCAGCUACAGAUUCUGUACCCUCCUGGCCAACAAGCUCAAGUUCCCCGACUCAUACAACUGCAUCGAUCCUUGGCAACCCAAGUGGCCUGUGGUCCACCACUCCAUUCAGCAGUUCCAUUUGGUCAAGUAAUCUCAACAGUGGCCUUCCCUUCACCACUCCAACAAACGCGUUGUCAGGCAUUGAUCUCAUGGGUAGUGAAAACUCCUCCGCUGCUCCCCCUCCGCCUGCUGCUGCCACCGAAAUGGGACAGACCUACAAUCCUUGGAGAAUUUGGAGCCCCACAAUCGGAAGAAGAAGUUCAGAUCCUUGGUCUAAUCACACUAUCCUCACGAAAACUGAAGUUAAGCAAAAGGAAAGAACUCUUAUCCAGGUCAUGAUACAACUCUGAAUGCAAAAUUUUUGAAACGUCAUUUUCAGGCUGUUGUUGGUCAUUGCUUCCCCCUCCCCCUCGCCCCCACCAGUCAUGCUUUCAUCACUUGCUCCUUUUUAAAGUCUGUCCUGCAAUAUGGUAGUGUGAGAUUGCGGAUAAGCUUGAAAAAGUCUGGGUGUGGUCACAAAUCCCAACUACAGCUGAAGCCUGUAAAUCUGAACAGUUUCACUGGUUUCAUAUUUUACCAUCUGCCGUCUUUAUUUAGGAAACAAUUUGAACUCUAAAAUGGUCCUGGCAUGCAAUACUUUUAUGAAAAGUACCGGGUUGGAUUUUUAAAUUUUUUCCAGUGUUAUCCUCCAAGUUCUAAUUUAAAAUCAAAAGGCACUUUGUGCUAAAAUGCAGAGUAUUUUUUUAAAAUAAGGCUGUCUUUGUUAACACAGGUUCUAAGAAUGUAAAAAAUAAAUAAAAAAAAAAUCACAAAAAAACCAACAAAUCCAACACAAAACCUUAAGAGCAAAAUGGCUGAAUGUAAGAGCAUUCUGUUGAGACUGUAAUACACUUUCUGUGCUGUUUGUACAUUUGUAAACCUGAAUGCAUUUUUAAGUUGAACUGAAAUGCACACAGCCAAGACUUGUGGAACAAACAAGAUACCUUGUGCAUUUCUUACGGAUACAACUUUGGGUUGUACAUUAAAAUAAAUACUGCUUUUUUCAA